UACUCCGUACUACUAAUAAUAUUUUAAUUUAUUUUUUAUUUUUAGGAAAUGUUUGAUUUUAUUAGAAGGCAAUAACAUAAUUUCCUAGGAUCAGGAGGGAAUAGUCCAAUUCCAUUAUUCUAAAUGGACGUUUUGGUCAUUCAACAUCCUAAAGAAAGUUCUUGGUCCAUUGUUUCACCCAGAUUUAAUCCAAACUCCGAUGUUCAUUUCUCGUUCCAGAAUGAGUUUAAUCUUUGUAGAGACUUUUUGCCUUCUGCAAGUAAAGAUGAACCCAAUCUUGACCUUGUAAAAGGAUAACAAAAAUUAAGUUCCAGAUCUAAUCGAUUAGUUCUUGAAAAUCAAAACAAAACUGCAAGAAAAAAAAAUUCUAAUGCCCAAAAAGAAAACAAGAAAUCAAAGGGCAGAGUUCUCAGACAAAAGGCCAUUGAUCUUCCACAUACGAGAACGUGGGGGGAAUCCGACGAUCCCAAAUUCAAGUCGAAGUUCAAACCUCCAAGAAACCCAGGCACAAAAAGCUCUCUUCUGUUCAUCCAUGGCGGAAACAGAGACUCAUAGAGCUCUUCGAAACCAGAGAUUCAAAGGAAGAAGGAACGAAUCUCCAAAUCGAAUCCAGAAUCGUCAUCCUCCUCCACGCCAGCCCUCCGUUCGGUGUGGUUAAAGCAAAUGAAUCAUCAUCGAACCCAAAAAAAACAGAAUUCAGCAAAAGAAGAAACUGUGAAACCUACGAGAAAUCGAAAGAUCCAAUCGGAAAUGGAAUCUACGGGUCCAGAGGUAUCCAUCCAGAUAGAGAUUUUGAUUUCGCGCCGUUUUGUAUUUCACUCUGCGAAUGAAUCAUCAGAUCAGAGAAAAUCAUAGUCGGCGCUUUAGAUCGAAUUGAACAAUUAGAAGAAAAAAAAACGAUGAACUGCAAAAUAAUUAUUUCUCCGGAUCUGCGGAUUAGAGGGUUUUGAAUAUAAGGGGAAUUAAAUU